AAAAAAUCUUUUUAGUACUAAAAAUUUGGUUUACAAAUAAUUGAAAAAAGUUAUACUUUUAGUUAAUGGCAACUCUUGAUUUAAUUCGUUCUAAGUUUGCAACACUUAAUACUGGAUCUCAAGAAGAGAUUACUAGCGUUUCUUCGUGUAAUUUUGCUUUUUUUUUUGAGAAAAAUAAGUGUAAUCAUUGUAGGGGUUUUAUUCCACCGAAGAAGUGCAAAACAGAUUGUUGAGACAUGGAUGCAGAGUCUACGUGAUGCGUCUGGUAUGAGGAAAUUGAAUCUGAUUUAUCUGGCAAAUGAUGUAACACAACAAUCCAAAGCUCGUAAACGUGAGGAAUUUGUUAAUGCAUUUUCAACUGUUAUUGCAGAAGCGAUGGAAAAUGCUUAUUUGCAUGGGACUCAGGAUGUUCAAAAUCGUCUUAAACAUGUUGCAAAUGUAUGGGAACAAAGGAAUAUUUUUUCUGAAAAUGUAAUGAUGGAUGUUAAUAAGAGACUAGAACUUGCUGAAAAAAGUGUAAAAAAGUCUUUAUCAGGUGGAAAAAUAGGAGGUGCAUUAAAAUUAUCUUUAGUUCCAGAAUUGUCUAAACUUAAUUUAUUAUAUCAUAAUCUUACUGCAUCAAUUUCAUCUUCUUCAUUGUCUAUUGGGUCUUCAUUUAGUUUUUACACACAACUUACGGAAGCCGAAACACCUCCUGUAUCUCCAUUAUAUGCUUCAAAACUUUUUCAGUUAUUGGAAUCUCUUAAGUUAUCUUACAAUACUUCGAAGGCUGCUAUUGUAGUUCGUGAAGAUAUUAUUAAGCAAUUAGAGAUACUUCUUAAAGAAAAUAACUCUAUGUUGGCUAAGGAAAAUGAACAGCUUGAUGAGAUUCAGAAAAAAAUAGAUCAUGUUGAUGAUAUGAAACAAAAAAUUGAAAAAAUGGUAACGGAUAUAGAAAUUUCUGAAGAUGAGAAUUCUAAGCCUUCUAUACUAUUUAAAGAGUUUUCUUCUAAUGAUCAGACCAUGUUGUAUGAAAAACCUGUUACAUAUGAUAUAAUUAAUGAUGAAACAAAAAGUAAUUUUCAAGUUUCUGACUUGAAAUCAAUGCCAAUUUUAACUUGUUUAAAAAAUAUUGAAGACGAUUCUAAUCCUAGAAACGAUUCUAAAUCAGAAAUAACUUAA